GGUAAGUGCCGCCAUCUGACGACAGUGCCUUACCAGUACAUGUGUAUCCAUCCUUGUCUAGGGGAGUGCUAAACUUCUCUCCUUUCAUACUACACGGCGGCGAUACGUUGCUCGAGUCUUAUAUACGUAGCUACGGGUUCGCAAGCGCUAACGAGAAAGUGAGUUUUUCUCAAAUAAAUCCCGAUCCGACAAUCCUAUCGGAAAACUGUAAGGGAAAACUUUGUUGCAAAUAUCAUUGUGCAUCCCGUUAUAUAAACUUUAUCUACGUACGCGUGAAUUCGGCAUAUACUCCAACCUUCGUUUCGUGCUAAAACUACUUCUCGGAUACCGAACCCGAUCAAUCGAUGAUGUUUACAUGAAGCUACAGUGUUAAACUCGCGAAGCAAUUGAAGCUGAGCCGCUACGUUUCCUGCACUCGAACGUGCAAUUUGGGGAGGAAGAGAGGGACGCGAGAGCAACGUAGAAACAUGCAACGCUACAAAGAACAAACUCAAACGACGUGUUUCACUGCGUCAUCAUUGCGUUCCCGUGCCGGCUCCGGGUUCGAGCCGGGAGUCAAGAAUUACAUCAUUACGUUCGCGUCUACGUAGCCUGUAUUCUCAUGGGCCGCGCAACCGGCCUCAAUAGAGUUAUUACACUUCUUAUCUCCCCCCCGCGCACUUGGCGAUCGACUUGUUGUGUUUAUACCGGCUCGAUCGUGGAAGCUGCGCCAAGAGAGACACGUACGAGGAUUCUUGACGUGACGAGCAUGGCGGAGAAAUGUGCGAGUGCGAACGACGGGGACUGUCCGCCGGCGAAGAGAGUCAAGCUGGGCGACGGGAGCGCCGACGUGGUCGAGAAGACCCCGGACGAGAACGAGACGGGUGAGCGCGAGCUGGAUGUGUCGAGCUUCAAAGUGACGAAAGUGCUGCAGAACAACUGCGCGCGGAAGUUGAUAUGCAUGGAGGGGACGUUCGAGGACCGCGAGGGCCCGGCGAUCGUUCUCCUCGAGCAGAGGACCUUCCCUUACGACAAGGUGGUACUGGAGAAGGAUUUCUUUGACGGGAAGACGAUAUUCCGAAAGGUCUUCAACAAUGACAUCUACAGAAACUACAAUUGCUUUCCGACCGAAGAGCAUAACAGUCUGCACGCGACUGUGAUAUAUCCAGCCACGCAAACGCAUAUCGACAAGUACAAGAGGCAGGAGUUGUACGUGAUAAACGAGACCUAUGAGCUUUAUCAGCAGGUCACUCUCCCUUACAUAGAAUCGAAGAGUCUGAGCUUGGAGUGGAUAACUAAUAUUCUGGAGCACAAAGCUGAACAGGAGAGUGUUAUUUACGAAGACCCUGACAAGGAUAGUGGUUUUGUAUUAGUGACGGAUUUCAAAUGGAACGGACAGACAGAUACAUUGAAGUUGUUGGCCCUGCCGUUUCAGAAGAUACGGUCGUUGAGAGAGUUGAACGGGUCUCAUCUUCCUUUAUUAAAAAAUAUACAAGAUGCCGGGACGGCGGCGAUUAGUAAAAAGUUCAACAUACCUGCAUCGCAGCUCAGAAUAUAUUUCCACUAUCAACCAUCUUAUUAUUAUCUACACGUGCAUUUCUGCUAUCUUAUGUUUGAGGCGCCAGGAAUAUAUGUGGAAAAGGCGCAUCUUCUCUCAACAGUUAUAAGAAACUUGGAGCUGAUGUCGGACUAUUAUACGAAAGCGGUACUUUCGUAUGUAGUGUUUAAAGACAGUCCGCUUUACGAGAAGUUUAAGUCACACGGAGCCCUACAGACAUCGACAUGAAACGCGAUAGAUUGUAAAUAAGUAUAGCGUAAAUAAGACUGUUUUACUUGGAAAGAACGUGAAUUCCACUUUACGUUUGUCUGCCACACGACAAGAAAUUGAUAUGUUUUUUAUUUACGAUUUGAAAUAAAGAAACAACGAUUGCACAGCAU